UCUUUUCUUCUAUUCUUUUAUUUCACUUAUUACCAGAAGAUAAGGGCAAAAGUACCAAUCUCCACGCUGUUUAAUUUAAUAAUCAUGAUCUGUGAGCUUUUUUUGGACUUUCUGAUCCUUGAUUCUUUUUAACCCUGGGCAUCCUCAAACCUUGGAAUCUCCUCCUCUUCAGAGCAGGACGCAGCAGGAUCCCUGGAUGGUUUAUUCCCUAUUUCAGUGUUCCUGUCCAAAGAUCUCCUCACUGAUUGACACCCCUGAGACUCUCCUCUGAUAUGAUGGGAGAGCUCUUGGUACACCCCAAACUUUCAUUUGUUGGGAAUUAUUUGUCUCUCAGCCCUGUGCUGUGAGCUGGAUAAUCUUUGGAGCUCUGUGUCUCUUGUGGAAUCACAAAUGAACAAAGCUCACUGUGGAAUCACAAAUAAACUAAGCUCACUCCAUGUUCAUACCACAAAGGUUAAUUAAAUGUAAAUCUGCAUAUUCAGGGGACACUAAGCUGAUCUUAAAGCCUUUUUUCCUUCUCAGAUCCUUGAUUUGAAGCAGCUGGGACAGACCUGGCUCCUCUCCGUGGGGAGCUCCUGUGGGAAGAUCAGUCCCGCGUUUCACUCGGCCACCUCAGCUCCUCCUCUUUGCCAAAACCAUGGGGUUUUCGGAGAAAUGUAGACCUGUUUGGGGCUGAGGUGAUGAAACUCCCUGAACUUUCUCCCCGGUGUGUUUUUUGGGGUGUUCCCCCCGCCCCUGGCCCGUGAGGAUGGGUUAUUGCGCGGCCCUGAACUGCCGCAACGGCACCAGCGGCACCUACAAGAACAGCUCGGUCAGUUUUUAUGGCUUCCCCCUCCAAAACAAAGCCCUGCUGAGGCAGUGGCUCCAAAACAUGGGCCGGGACAUGGAGACCCUCUCCAAAUACCACUGCCUGUGCUCGGAGCACUUCGAGGAGAGCUCCUUCGAGGUGGAGCCCGUGAAAAUCCGCAAGAGACGGCGCCUGCUGAAGGAAGCUGUUCCCAGCAAAUUCAUCCUGGCCUUGGAUGGGACCUGGCUCGUGGGCACCCCCCAGGCUGGCGGCGACGUGACGAGCAACAAAACCCGAAAAAGGAUCCGGAAUUCCGAGCCCAGUGGGGUAAUCGAGGGGCUGGAUAGUGGGGAUCAAUUCAAUUAA